CCAUAGUUGUUCACUAAUUACAAAUUUAUACGUUGUUGUUGUGUCCAUGCUCCACGAGUUCCACUUUAUGCUCCACUCUUGAUACUCCUCAUUUCAGACAAAUUGAAAUGAAAUCUGCUCGCUGUGAAGAUGUAUGUAUAGUUGCCAAAUACGCAUUUAUGAUAUUGAUCAGGGCCACAUGUUCUGUAGAUUUUUGGUGAAUCUGACUCAACUUCAGCUUGGACUCCUCUGCCCUAGGAUUGAUAACUUACAUGGGUCUUCUUUUCCAACUUUUGCCUGCUGGGACCAUGCAGGCUGCGAUCGCCGUGCGAAGAGUGCUCGGCGCGAAGGCUGGCCUUGUGCGACUGGGGCGCCAUCUGUCAAUGCAGGUGGCGCCACCAGUCGCUGAGGCAUUGAGAGCAGGCGAUGCCGUCGUCGCGCUAGAGUCCACCAUUAUCACACAUGGAAUGCCCUACCCGCAAAAUCUGGAGACAGCUGAACGAGUGGAGGAGAUCAUCAGAGAGCAGGGCGCCGUACCGGCCACCGUGGGUAUCCUGGGCGGUCAGCUGCACGUGGGCCUCAGCCGUGCACAGAUGGAGCGACUGGCGCGCCACGAGAGACCCUGCGUCAAAACGUCGCGACGCGACCUGCCCUGUGUCAUGGCCAAGGGUCUGGACGGCGGCACCACCGUGUCUGGCACGCUGGUGGCGGCGGCGCGCGCCGGGAUCUCCGUGUUUGUGACGGGCGGCGUGGGCGGCGUGCACCGUGGAGGCCACCGCACCAUGGAUGUGUCGGCCGACCUCAUCGACCUGGGCCGAGCGCCCGUCUGCUGCGUCUGCGCCGGCGUCAAGAGCAUUCUGGACGUGGGACGCACGCUCGAGGUGCUCGAGACGCAGGGCGUGUGCGUGGUUACCCUGGGCGAGAGUGACCGUUUCCCGGCGUUUUUCACGUCCGACUCGGGCCACCGGUCGCCUCACCACGUGACCACGUGCUCGGAGGCGGCCGCCGUGGCGUACCAGCACUCAGAGCUGGGUCUGGAGAGCGGCCUGCUGCUGGCGGUACCCAUACCGGACCAGUACCGCGCCGAGGGACGAUCCAUUCAGGCGGCUAUAGAGCAGGCGGUGAGCGAGGCCGAACAGCAGGGCGUCUCGGGCCGGGAUGUCACGCCCUUUAUCCUGGCCCGGGUCAACGAGCUGACCGGGGGCGCCAGUCUGCAAGCCAACAUACAUUUGGUGGAAAACAACGCCCUGCACGGCGCCAAGGUAGCUGUUGAGCUGGCCGAGCUCAAGAGGAACAGAGGCAAGCGGGGUCGAUUAGAAGGUUCGGUAACCAGAGCGGCAGCGCAGUCAAGAGACAAGGUGCAGAAAGACGACCCUGCGCCAGACGCCAGCGGCGGUAGAGGCGUACCGACCGUAAUUGGUGGCAGCAUCGUAGACUUUGUCAUCAAAACUACCGAUAAACAUCUACAGAUGGACGGGUCCACGCACCGGGGCCACAUAGCGCAGAGCUACGGCGGCGUGGGCCGUAACGUGGCCGACGCGCUCUCCCGGCUGGGUCACCGGCCGCACUUUGUAUCGGCAGUGGGCAGGGACCAGCUGGGUCUCGCCGUCAUCGCCAACAACCCGCACAUGGACUGGCGCUGCGUGGACCGUCGGGAGUCCCUCUGCACGGCCAGCUACGCUGUCCUUGUCGACAGCACUGGCUCGGUUCAGUUCGGCGUCGGCGACAUGGACAUCCACGAGGCCAUCACGCCAGAGCUGGUUGAGCGGCACCGGGCGUCGCUCGUCUCCAGUCCUCUGGUGGUGACCGACGCCAACACCCCCUCUCCCAGUCUGUCAGCGGCCGCGCGCCUUUGCGCCGCCGCCGGCGUCCCGAUCUGGUUCGAGCCGACCGACCUGCGCAAGGCAGUCAAGUCGGCGGCGCUGCUGACAGCGGGCCACCAGCCGCCGGUGCUGUACAGUUCCCCGAACGCUGCCGAGCUGCACACCAUGCUCACGGCGCUGACGCCAGAUCGGCCCGGUGCGUUCCACCUGCUGAAGGGCGACCAGCUCCUGGAUGCGUGCCGUGACGCUAGUCUGCGCCUGCUGGAGCACUUCCACUGCCUACUGGUCACCAUGGGAACCAACGGCGUCAUGAUCAGCCGCCGCGGCGGCCGCUCGGAGCCGCUGCCUUUGGGACCGGGCGCGCGCGCUCUGCCAGCCGGCGGCCCGACCUCAUGUGUCCACUAUCCGGUCACGGCCGCCAGCAAUGUGGUGAACGUCAGUGGCGCCGGCGACUGUUUCAACGCCGGUUUCAUCUCUGGCCUGCUGGCGGGCCUGGCGCAGGACCGGUGCGUACAGCGCGGCCAGCAGCUGGCGCUGCAGGCCGUGGCCUGUGCCGCCGCUGUGCCGGACACACUGCAGCUGAGCGACGCGCCAGAGCCGCACCAGGCCCCUGGCGUGAGCCGGCUGCCCUGAACGGAGGUAGCGCCGCGACAGAGGAACGCGUGGUCAGGUCAGCCGGGCAGCAGAGGGAGCUUGAGCCUUUCAGAUCCGUGGUGGGUCCAAGGGUGGUAUGAUGUAGGCUGGUGGGUUAUGCGAAGCCUUCAAACGGUCAGACUCUGACCAACAGCUAUCUGAGAUGGUGGAUAGGUGACUCAGUGCAUGCAUGACAGGGUACGAGAGUACUGCCAUCUUGGUACGCGGGCGGGUACAUCGUGCUGUUAAUUAGCCUUACGGAGGCCGGGUGCCAAUGAGAGUCGUUGGCGGUGGCUGCGGGUAACAAGGGGUCCACCUCAGGGACAUACCCUGUCUCGCUCACCAAGCCUUUCAUUCUUCAUGAACCAGUCACUGCCGGUGUAUUUCAUUUCAUGCUCACGGGUAUCUGGCGAGCGCAUUUAGACGAACGGUAAUGUUCCACAUGUGAUUGGGCCAGACUUUCGAUGCAAUUUUUAGCUGUGGACUGUGGUCGUCCGUGAAACAUGGGACCUUUCAAGGCUGUGGAAAAUUUAUUUACAUUGAUGGUAACAGCUUCCCGUGCCAUUUCAAACUCUAUGCAUAACUUGUCGGUGUGGUGUGAUAAAUAAUGAUUGUGGCAAAAUUGCCAUACACUGACUAUCAACUUAAUACUAGAGAGAAGAUGCCCUGCUCUGGGCAAAUUCUUUUGUAUGUCAGCUACGGUGCGAGAAUAUAUACAUAUAUUUGACUGACAGGCUUCGCUUUCGCAUAGCAGAGGUGUUGCUCUCGCUAGGCUACGAAUACGGCGUGCUUAAUUGCUCUCUCAUCAGUGAUAAACUGGAGCACGUGCCAUAUUGUGCUGGCAUUAAUUAUGGGUGUUUAUCCUGCCUUUCCUUCCUUGCUCGGUCUUGUCUGUAGGGUAUAGAUUUGCUAGUGGGAAAGAUAAAAAUGAUUUGAGUGAUUUCAGGGUUUUCAGUCUCGUACUCUGCUAACGAAUUAGAGAUAGUUGACAAUUACUUUUUAUAAUGUUCAGUGUUUGUGAAAAACAGUGAAUAUUGGCUGGCAGAUCGUGAAGUGAUCUGCUAGUAAUUAAUUGAUAAAGGGUGCAUUAAUUUUGUGUGUUCCCGAGCUGUAAGAAUCGCAACGCUCAUGAUAUUUCAGCUAUUGACCUAUAGCAGUAAAGGAUAUGUCAAUGUUUUCAGUGUAAUGUUACAGUUGCGACUAUCUGAGCUAAUGCUGUCUCAGGACAAUAUGUUUAUGUUUCGGAGCAUCAUGUACUUUAUGUUUUGUAAGUUUAUGGAACAUUUUUGAACGGCAUUUGACCAAAUGUUCAUCAGCUUUCGACGUUUCAUUUUAACUCUCUGAAAUGAGCCUGCUUAAGUAAUUGAAAUGUCGAGCGGUGAGUGAUUUUGUAAAUCUGAGUUGGUAGGGUGAUACUAGAUGAUGAAGAGCUCAAGGAUAUUUUAGUUAAUUGCGGGGUCAUUGCCGCAUUAACUGUGAAACUAGCAUUGUUUAUACUCAGUCUGUUGAAGGGAGCCUGUGAAUGAGAAGCAACAUUCUGUUCACAUCGUGUCAUUGUUAUUGUGGGUUUUUAUGGUCGUGUUCCUUGUCGUGUGCCUUUGGCGAGUUGUCGCAGCUCGCCGCCCUCUUGCCUUGAUCAUGGAAUACUCGUUGAUGAUUUAAUCUAUCGUGUUGAUCACCUUAGCGCGAUCCUGGAUUACGGGUAUAUUCGUAUACUUCCGUAGUUCCAGGAUAUUCCGCGAUAAUGCUGCCUACACUCGGACCAUCCUUUUUUAAAUGAGCAAGACUGGUGUCAAUUGUGGAAAUCGUUUUUUUGUGUUUCUAUCAUUAACAAAUAAAAGAAUGACAGUCGGUA